AUGGACAUACCAGCCGCAGCCAAUGCCCUCGGCACACUUGGGGCAGUCUGCUGGUCUAUUCAGCUCAUCCCACAAAUUGUCAUCAACUACAGGCGCCAUAAUGCCACCGGUCUGCAGCCCUCGAUGAUGAUGCUUUGGGCAUGGGCCGGCGUUCCACUAGGUGUCUACAACAUCGUCGAAGACUUCAACAUUGCCCUACAGAUUCAGCCCCAGAUCCUCACGUUUCUGAGUCUCGCUACUUGGAUUCAGUGCUUUUACUACCAAAGAAACUGGUCCAUCCUCCGCUCUCUCGCCGUUGUAGCCCCCAUCGCAGCCGCUAUGGCCGGCAUCCAAGUCGCUCUCAUCAUCGGCCUUCGCAUCGUCAAGGCCCGCGGCACAGAAUGGCCCAUGAUCCUAAUGGCCUCGCUUUCCGCUGCCCUGCUGGCCGCCGGGGUACUCCGGCACUACUGGGACAUCUACCUCCACCGCACCGUGCGCGGCAUAUCCUUCAUCUUUGUCGGCAUCGACGCCGCGGGGGACGUGUUCUCUCUCGCGUCCCUCUUUUUCCAGCGCCGGCUUGAUGUGCUGGGGGUCGUCAUCUAUGCGACUGAGUUUGUGCUCUGGUGCGGGGUGUUUGCGUGUGGCGGGUACUUUAACUUGUUGCCCUGGGCGAGGAAGAGGUUGCGGGCGAGGGAAGAGGCUGGGAGGUCGAGUGAGGAGGAGACGCCAGGCUCAGAUGUUGUGGCUGGCGGCAUUGCUUUGCAUGAUUUGCCUUCUUCGACGUCUGUUUUCCGGACUGCGUCCGGCGACGAUUCUGGGCUCAGAUCUAGGGCGGUCGCAUCGCUGUAA